AUGUUCAUGACAUGCGCGAUCAUCUUCUCAUACGGCGUGUACCAAGCCAUCUACGAAGAAAUGGCAGAAGACUCCGAUUCACCCUUCGCGGGGACCUCGUCAUCAAUCCUGAGUUUAAUCGGCACCCUAUCAAUCGCAAUCAUGUCCAUGGGCGGCCCCUUCGUCAUGACAUGGGCGAAACUUUACGGCCCCCAGCCCGUCAUCAUGUCCGGCGGGCUUGUCUUCGGCCUCGGGUGCAUUCUCGCCAGUCUGAGCCAGUAUGUCUGGGAAUUUGCCCUGACGCAGGGCCUCCUCGUCGGCCUGGGGACGUGCAUGGCAUAUGUCCCCACCAUGUCCGUUGUCCCGACAUGGUUUGACAAGCGUCGCGGUCUGGCUAUGGGUAUCGUUAUCUCCGGUUCUGCUUGUGGUGGUAUGAUCUGGCCACCUGUGCUGCGCGCCAUUACCUCACACAUUGGAUUCCGCAAUGCAUUGCGUAUCUCCGGCUGCUUAGUGAUUUUCUUCGUACCUCUUUCUGGCUGUACGCUAGGCUGGGAGCCAAAAUUUAAGAACAAAGUUUCUGGCCAGAUAGCCGGGUUAUCGAAGAUGACCGGAUGGAUCAAGGUACCACUGAUUGACUGGGAAGUGGCCAAAACGAAGAAAUUCGUCGCACAGGCUUUGGGGUGUUUUCUGCAGUCGGCGGGUUACUCCACGCCUUUGUUCUUCUAUGCGGCUUUCGCACAGUCUCUGGGUUAUAGCAGUAGUAUGGCGGAUAAUUUUAUCACAAUCAGCAACGCGGCUAAUUUCGUUUCGCGAAUUGUGAUCGGAUACGCAGCUGAUAAAUUUGGUCGUUUGAACGUGCUCUUCUUGACGACUAUUAUCAGCUCGGUUGUCGUGUUUGCAUUCUGGUUACCUUCAACCUUUGUCGAUAAUACCGUGCCCCAUACGGCCGCCGAUGUCCUGUUUAUCAUCUUCGCGAUAUCAUACGGCUCGUUCGGUGCUGCGUAUAUUUCGCUGUUCCUGCUAGCUUGA